AUGAUCCCAAAAAAACAAAAAGGAUUCAAUGGUGAACCAAAAUCUCAUCAAGAAAUUGAUAGAAGUCAAUCACCAUUGAAACAAAGAACCAAUAAUAAUAAUUAUCAACAACAACCACCGCAACAACAACAAAAACAACAACCACAACAACCACAACAAAAAAAACAACAACAAAAACAACAACAAAAACAACAACCACAACAACCACAACAACCACAACAACCACAACAACAAAAACAACAACUACAACAACCACAACAACCACAACAAUAUUUCCAACCAAGACAAACUCAAAAUGCUUGGGGAAAACAAAAUAACAGUAUCCCACUUGAAGAACAAUUUCAAGAAGUAAAACCAAUCACACAACCUCAAACACCUGAAACAACAACAACAACAACAACUACAACAACUACAACAACAAAUACAACAAAUACAAAUCUAUUAGUUCCAAGAAUUUCAAGAAGAGAUAUGGUUAAAGAUUCUGACAUUGAAAAUGUUGCAAUUGUUACAGCAAAAUCAAGAACUGUUCAAGGUAAACAAAUUUCUUUAAUUUCAAAUUUCUUUCCAAUUGUUAUUUCAGAUAGGAAAUCACUAGAAUUUCGUAUUGAUUUUAAUCCACCACAAGUUACUUUUGACAAGAGACGUAAAUUAAUUAGAGAAUUACUUUCAUUAAAUAACAUAUCAAAAGAAUUUUAUUUCUAUGAUGGUGAUUCAAUUUUAUAUUCUCCGAUUAAUAUCAAUAUUAAUUCACAAUCAAUUGAUGGUGUUCAAAUAUUUAUUAGAAAAGUAAAAGAAGUUAACCAUAGGGAUAAAUCAUCUGUUAAUUCUCAAUUUUUUAAUAUUAUUACAAAAAAUAAUAUGAGAAAAAUGGGAUUUUCACUUAUUGGUAGAAAUUACUAUUCACCAAUAAAUAAAAUUAAAUUUGAAGAUUAUUUACUUGAAGUUUGGAAAGGUUUUAGUACAUCUGUAGUUUCAACAGAAUCUGGUACAAUGUUAUUAGCAGAUACAAGUUCAAAAGUUGUUAGAUCUGAAACUGUAUUAGAUAGAAUUAAAUACCUUAGAUAUGACAAAGAUAGAUGUUUUGAUGAAAUUAUAAAUUCAAUUGUAUUAACUCGUUAUAAUAAUAAAACCUAUCGUAUCUCUAAUAUUUCUUGGUCAAGUGGAGUUAAUGAUAAAAUGGAUGGUACAACAACAUUUUUACAAUAUUAUCAAAGAAAUUAUCCAAAUCAUAAAAUUACAGAUUAUCGUCAACCAUUAUUAAAAUCUGAAGUUAAAUUCAGAGGUAUUAAACAAACUAUCUUUUUAAUUCCAGAAUUAACAUUUUUAACUGGAUUAAGUGAUCAUAUGCGUAAAAAUUUUAAACUUAUGGCUGAAUUAGCAAAACAUUCAAAUUUUGAUCCAAGUCAAAGAUAUCAAACAUUGAGUAAUUUUAUUUCAGAUAUUAAUAAUAAUCCAAAAGUUUCAAAAUCAUUAGAACCAUGGGGAAUUACAUAUCAACCAGCUUUAAAAGUUGAUGGUUAUGUUUUAAGUGCACCAAAGAAUUUACCAAAUGAUAAUAAACGUCAAUUGAAUAAUAUUAAAUGGGCAUUUGUUGUUGAUCGUGAUGAAUAUGAGAGAACAAGAGAUUGCCAAACCAAUCUUUAUAAUUUCAUAAAUGAAACUGGAAUGUCACAACCAACAACAAUUUGUUAUACAGACCCACGCGAUAAAAGACCAAUUCAAUACUCUAAUAUCAUGGAGAAUGCAAUUAAAACACAUGGUAUUCAAUUCUUUUUAAUGUUAAUUCCACAAAAUCAACCAGAAAUCUAUAAAGAGAUAAAGAGAAAAUCAUUGGUUCAAUUUAAAGUUUUAACUCAAUGUAUUUUCCCAAGGACUUUUUAUAAAGGUAGAUCAGUAACCAAUAAAUUAAAACAACAAGUAAUUGCAAAGUUAGGUUAUGCACCAUGGGGUCUCAAUCAACAAAUAUUCAAUGGUGUCAUUCCAAAGAAAACAAUGAUCAUUGGUAUCGAUGUUGGUCAUAACUCUGAUAUGAGAGGUCAUUCAGUAGUUGGAUUCGUUGCAACUAUCGAUGAUAAAUUUCAAAAGUAUUUCUCAAGAUCUUUUGUUCAAAAGCGUCCUGGUAAAGAAAUCAUUGAUUCUCUUGAAGAAGCAACUAAAGAAGCAAUGUCAAAAUAUUUUAGUUUCAAUAAUUGUUUACCAGAAUUGGUUAUAGUUUAUCGUGAUGGUGUUGGUGAUGGUAUGUUAGAUCUUGUCAAUAGAUCUGAAAUUGCUGCAAUGAAAAAAGGUUUUGCUGAAACACCAUCUUCUUGGGGUAUAAAACCAAAGUUAAUGUAUGUCAUUGUCAAAAAGAAUACAAAUGCACGUUUAUUUACUGCUGAUCCAAUUGGUAAUCCUCCAGCUGGUACUUUGGUUGACUCAAAAAUUACCCAUCCAAAUUGGUAUGAUUUCUUUUUAGUCUCUCAAGUAACUAACAAUGGUUCUGUCAAUCCAACUCAUUAUCACGUUUUAUUGGAUGAACAAAAAAUGCCUGCUGAUUUAUUUCAAUUAUUUACUUUCCAAAUGUGUCAUCUUUAUUUCAACUUUGAAAAAUCUGUUCGUGUUCCAGCAACUUGUCAAUUUGCACACAAAAUGGCAUUUUUAAUUGGUAGAACAGUUUUCGCUGAUGCUGCGCCUCAAUUAUCUGAUAAAUUAUUCUUCCUUUAA